GUCCAAUACAAAAUUCAUACAUAAAUAUGGGGACGUGGCCAAAUGUGCAUCAAACAAAUCUUUCUUAAACUUUUAAUUAAUUAAUUGUCUCCCUUUGCAUCAAACCUGAAUCCAUUCGCUGCGUUCGAGAGAAUCGGAAGAACAAUCUUUUGUACUGAUCAAGUAGUGUUUGCUUGAAAUCAGAAUCCGAUAGGUGAUUUGUAUAAGCUGCUAAAAAUAAUCUGGUGUGCUGGGAAGGGUUUUUAAUGAUCAACAAUCAAUCAAUUGAUUUAGUUCGAGUAAAAUGGGAAAUGAUUGGAGAAGAAAAUUGGGUACUGUAAGAUCGUUUGUGGGUAAUGCGACAGGAGGGCUACGAGGAGGUUCAAAUUUAGCUUCAUGGAUAGUUGCUGGUACCUUAGCUUAUUAUCUCUGGGUCAAACCUGCCCAAGAACUCAAACGUCAACAAGAGGAGAAGGCUGCACUUGCUGCUGCAAAACCAGAUCCAUACAAAUAUGUUGAGAAACGAAAACCAAUUCCCGAUCCUCAGGAAACUGGGUUAAGAUAUGGCAACAAGAAUAAGGCCAAAGACUCAAAUGAGGGUUGAGUAAAGUGUUUGAAAACACACAAGCUUUCAAAUUUAUGGUGCAUCAAUUCACUUGAGCUCUGAAUUUUGCAUGAGAUUAUAGUUUAAACUGCUUUCUUUAGGUUAGUUUUAAAUUUUGCAAAUUUCAUAUACAUGUAUGUUCUUGUUAGUUGAAAAUGCUAAUAUCAUAGCUAAUGUAGAAUAUGCAGUAUAGAGUUUAUUAUUGUUUUAGUAACAAAUUUGAGAGGUAGUAUGUUGCGUUGAAACUCUAAUUCAUGCUCUCUAUGGUGAGAUGCAUAAUGGUACUGAAUAAUUUUUAAUGUACCUUUUAUUUCAUAAUUGGCCAAGUCAUUCUUUUUUCCUUGUAUGGGGUAUAGUAUGUGAAAUCUUAUGCUUUUAGAAUAUAAUUUGAAUAGAAUUUGUAUAAUGUUAGUCCCAUAGUAGUUUUAACAUGUUUUUCUUUUUUACUCUUUUUUUUUCUUAUGGUUAGAAGGGAAAAAGUUAGGCUUGGAUAGUGUAAUGUAUUAAAAGUAAUGGUAUUCUAAUUGAAUACAUAUCGUGACUUAAUAAAAUAGGUUUAGUUGGAGACUUGGAGUGUAGAUUUGGGGUAAGUUUGGUUAGAUUUAAGGUUUAAUGGCUAAAUCUACACCUCCUAUUCAACAUAUGUGUCUCAUUUCUUUUUUUAGUUAAUAUUCAACAUAUGUGUCUCAUUUCUUUUUUUAGUUAAGUCAUCUUAAAUGUCCAGUUCUAUUUUUGGUUGUUAACUUUAACCUUAAAAAACUUAUCUUAUAUUACACUUUUAUCCAUAGUAACCCCACUUUACCCUUCAAAAUAUGAAAACACUACCCUUUCUCUCUUCCCCAUGUGGUCACAUUUGGCUUUCUUAAAGUUUGUGCAAAGUCAAAUGGGACACUUAUGGUGAAGAGGAGGGAGUACUAUUUACAAAUAAUAUGAGAUGGAGGCCAUACUUGUUUCCAUUUGUAAGUAAUGUAUAAAGUUCCUCGUAUUAAGUCACAAAAGUCUUAGGUUAUGAAGUUACAAACUACUUUAUGACUUGGUAGAAAAUACUUUUUUUUUCUAUGUUUUUUGAUAGUAUCAAGUAUGAUAUACACCUUUCUGACUUUCUAACUUUAAUUUGAGGUUUUUGGAUGCAUGUUGGAUGUAUAAUCUCAUUUUCUUGAGAUGUUCAUAAUAUACACAAUUAGUUUGUCUUAUCUUUGAGCAAUCAAGUAAUGCACCAAUCAUUUUCUAUAGAGAACUACCUCCACAGUGCCCUUUACCCACAGUGCCCCUUACCCCCUUCCUUGCUUUCAUCAUGCCUUCCACCCCAGCUAAAGAAAGAUGUAAGCCCAACCUUACCUUUUUCGACCACCCUGACUUGACUACCUCUCAAGCCACCUUCAUCAGAGCCAUUACCACAUCAUUCAUCCAUGCGCACCACCCAAACAUCAUUUAUCCAUGCGGCCACCCCCCAUUGGGUGGGUUGUGUUUGAUGGUGGCUGGAGGUCGUGCUUGUGCUGUGUGGAAGCUAAAGGUCGUGCUCUAGUUUUUUUUUUCUUUUUUUUUCUAUUUUUUUUCCUAAAAAAAGUCUCUUAUACUACAAACCAUUUAAGUCUUAAUUCCGAAAAAUUUGGGUCAGUUACAUGAACCAAUAUAUCAGUUUUAAUGGUCAUUCACAUUGAUUCAUCUUAUCCAUUCAUUCUGAAUUGUAGCAUCUCAAUUUGUAAGUCUAGCUUAUUUAUAUUCUUUUCCACUCUUGUCCUCUGAGUCAUCUUUGGUCUUCCUCGCCCUCUUUUUAGGUUUCUUGAGGUUCAGCUUUCUAUCUUAUCUGUUCGCUAAUGCCCGCUUUUGGCACAUGCCCAAACCAUCUUAAAAGAUUCUCAUUUAUCUUUUCCUCAAUAUUUGCAACUCCUAAACCCUUAUAUCUUCGUUUUGAUUUCUAUCCCUUAAGGUAUGCCCACUCAUCCAUCGAAGCAUUUGCAUUUUCGCUACUCUCAUCUUUCUACUAUGAACCUUUCUAAAAGUCCAAUAUUUUGAUCCAUAUAGUUACGCUGGUCUAAUGGUUGUUCGAUAAAAUUUGGCCUUUAACUUUAAGGGCAGACGUGGAUCACACAAUAUUCCAGUAGCCAUUCUCCAUUUUCGUCAUCACACUUAAUUUUAUGGGUCACAUCUUGUUGAAACUCCCGAGGGUAUUUGAAGUGUCCACUUGAAGUGAUUUCUUUCUCUUUUAACCAUAGUGUAAAAAUACGGCAACGGUCGCGAUCGCGAUAACGGAACGUUGAUGCGGUAAUUGAAGUGAUGCAGUUAUUGUAACGCCUAAAUAUCGGUCAAAACCAUAAGAUAUCCCUUGAUACGACCUAAAACAUGAUUUUUUUACAAAUUUACA